CCAGGUUGUGCGUUUCAGCCGGACAUAGUUGUGUGCGACAGUAACGUGGAGCUCUGUUUUCAUUUAGUCAGUAACCCCAAAAUCACUCGUUUUGGUUCAAAUGGCUGCGAAAAGCCAAAUAUGUUCAAUAUGGCUUGGAUCCGAAACUGGAAUAUUAAAAGGGGUGAGUUUAACCAAAAAGCAGGCGUUUAACUUUUGUGAGAUGAGCUGCUUGAGUCGAGAUCAAGAGGUUUGCGUGUUGGCAUGGGGAGACCCUCACGAAUCAGAGGUGUUAGUGGGCAGUGUGAACGGCACUGUGAAAACAUUCAGCACAGAUAAGGGGAUCUUCACAGCGACCAGAGAGUGUGGAGAUCCUUCACAGGGCAGAUUCACAGGACUGGCUGUCACUGACAGUUCUAUGAUUACAUGUGUGGAGUCAGGACUGCUGAAGGUGUGGAGGGAAGGCAGUACAGAAACAGUUGAGGUAAAUGUUGGAAAUGGAAUAUGCAGAAUGCAACAGAACCCAUCACAGCGCCAUCAUGUGGCUACAGGGGGUAAAGAGAACCCACUGAAAGUUUGGGAUCUGGAGAGACCAGAUAAGCCAAUAUUCACAGCCAAAAAUGUAGCCCAUGACUGGUUAGAUAUGCGAGUGCCUGUGUGGGUGAGAGACAUUGGCUUCAUCCCAGAUUCAGAUAAAAUAGUUACAUGCACUGGACACCAUCAGGUGCGUGUGUAUGACCCUCAGACGCCUCAGAGAAGGCCGGUGUUGGAGGCUCGGUUCGGAGAGUACCCGCUCACGGCGCUCUCUCUUCCUGCCAACCGGGGCACAGUGGUCGUGGGCAACACUCACGGAGAGCUCGCCAUCCUUGACCUCCGGAAAGGGCUUGUGCGUGGGUGUCUUAAGGGUCUGGCGGGGGCAGUGCGGGGGUUGCAGUGCCAUCCUUCCCUCCCGUUGGUGGCCUCUUGUGGUUUAGAUCGUUUUCUGAGAGUACACAGCCUGGAGGACCGUUCCUUACAGCACAAGGUAUAUCUGAAGUCACGACUCAAUUGUGUGCUGCUGUCUAGCAGAGAACUGGAGUCAUCAAGUGCUGAUGUUAGUGGAGAUGUAGAGGAGGUGAAAGCAGAGGGAGAGGAGGAUGAGGUUUGGGAUACCAUGGAAACGGUGACGGAGAAGACAAAAAAGAGGGCCGCCCAGAAAGACGAAGCAACUGUUACUAAAGUAGAUGGAAAAAAGAAACGAAAACUAGUGAAAAAGUGAUGUAAAGUGAUUUCCGAUGGACAUUUUUAUAUACAGUUUGUCAUUUUUUUUUGAGUAACAGUAACUGUAUCACCAGUGGCCAAGAAAAACCGGAAAACCUGAGAGACUCUUUAAUAUGGAUAUAUAAUAAUAGGCGCAUGUCAUUAUUUUGGUCCAUAAAGUGUAUUUGAACAUACUCAACAUGUGGUUCUGAAAUUGCAUUUUAAAUAAGUUAACCAGGUUAUUAAAAAACAUAUGUGUCCUAUUAAUCACUGUAUUUCUGUAUUGAACAGAAUUUAAUGAAGAGUCUGUAUACCAUAAAUACAGAAUCGUUCUGAAAUGUGUUCUCAAUCUUACUUAAAAAUAUAAAGCCAAACUGUCACAAACAUUAGUAGAGUGCACUCUAAUAGAAAUAUUUUCUACAGAAACCCCAAUUACAAUUUUUGGCCUUUGAUGUGUAAAAGACUACACGUGUUAAGACAAUACUACUUUACACCGGUUCAAAUUCUUUCCAAAUCCCUAUUUAUACUAUCCUUUUUACAAUUAAAUUGAUUUACUUUUUACCGAGACAAAGAUAUUGUCUUGAAUCUGUGCUGGUCUAAAGACCUUGACUUGACCGUGAGCGACCAUACAUACCUGUGCUUGUGUGGGUGUGUGUAUUAUACAGCGUUAUGCACACUUAAACACACCCUAUUCUAGCCUCUCUGAUAAGAUAAGGGACAUCUUGGCUAGCACCGAAACUGUCGACUUUGUAAAUGAGAAUAUUAGUAGCUAAUGACUGAUUUAUAAAGCUGCACGUUUCAAAAACACAACAUUUGAAAGAACUGCUCUGUUAUAACUGACAAGGAUUCGCAUCAAAUGCGUUCUGUCCAAGCUUCUUUUAUGUGUAGAUCUGAUAAAAGACAGUGAUGUUCAAGGAAAUAAAUGUGAAUAAAGGUUUUUAUGCUGUUUAGUGCACCUAAUAAGUGACGCCUUCAACGUGAUAUACUUUUAAAGCAUUUUAAAGAAGCUGAAGAGCAAAGGCCAUAAAAUAUAGAGGGGGUGAUGAAGUAUGACAACAUGAACAUGAACUCUGAGACCGUGCAGUGUGCAUUAUUACUGAUUGCUGACUUGGGACUAAAAAAACUGAAACACAGCUUUAUAUGCAGGGCGACAGCCUCAAAAUUUCCUGUGUGCUUCUGGUAAAUUUUGAAAACCAUGAAAUACUGCUUGUUUGUGGUUUGACCCUGAGCACUGUAACAAGGUCGUAGCCACUUGAUUUCCUCUUUUACAGUGAGGGAAAUAGCUGACAUUAAUCCAAGAAACAACCAUCACGUUACAUUACACAUCAUAAAAUCUGUUUAUCUGUAAUUACUCAAUCAUUUUCCAAUAGAUGUGUGUGAUUUGAGAUUGUUUGUGUUUUUUAUUUUGCUGCAAGUCCAGUCACAAACGGAGAAACUUAACAGAUCGCAACCCUUUUUACAUCCAGGUUUACCUCGAUUUACCUUACUGUGGUACUAUCUUAUGUGCUUAGAUGGAGUAUUUUGUCGUGGUACAUUAAUAGACGGACUAUUCUUGUGUUUGACAAUCGAAAUUCCUUCACACAGUGUGCACUUCUGUGCUCUUUAACCUAACAAUGGCAAUAAUUAACCUUCCCUUAUGAGCAUUUUAUUAUCCUGUUAUAAAGCCUGCUUUUUUCAUUCUUUGAUCAAUGUUUAGAGUCCAUAGUCUAUUUUAUCUAUUCUAAUCAUGCAGCAUUACCUCAUGUUGUGCCAUUACCAGUAAUUAAGACAUUGACCUACAUCACACGUUUGCUGAUUUAUAAAUCAGGUCUCAGCGACUCACAGCCGGUGAAUAUAUCAUAUGAAUAUGCAAAAAUAAGACUUUAUAAUAGUUUUAGUGAUAUUCAACAAACAAUGUUCUGAUUCCUUUCAUAGGAAAUAAUAAAAGUAAGUUAAACCGU